AUGGAUCGCCGGAGUUGGCCUUGGAAGAAAAAAUCAUCUGACAAGACUGAGAAAGCUGCCGUCUCAGCAGAUUCUGGUGGAUCACAGGGAGAGAAGGACAAUUAUAAAAAGCCCAACUAUGUUCAAAUUUCUGUGGAAUCAUACACCCACCUGACUGGUUUAGAGGAUCAAGUGAAGACAUAUCAGGAUCAAGUGAAGACAUAUGAAGAACAAGUUCAGACACUAGAAGAAGAGAUUAAGGACUUGAAUGAAAAACUGUCUGCAGCCCAUUCAGAGAUGACUACCAAGGAAAACCUGGUGAAACAACACGCUAAAGUUGCUGAAGAAGCUGUCUCAGGUUGGGAAAAGGCUGAGGCAGAAGCUUUGGCAUUGAAAAAUCAUCUAGAAUCAGUCACACUCUCAAAGCUCACAGUUGAAGAUCGGGCAUCACAUUUGGAUGGUGCUCUUAAAGAGUGCAUGCGGCAGAUACGAAAUCUAAAAGAAGAACAUGAACAGAAAGUGCAGGAAGUUGUUCUCAACAAGAACAAGCAAUUGGACAAAAUUAUGAAGGAUUUUGAAUCAAAGAUAGCCAACUUAGAUCAAGAACUGCUUAGGUCUGCUGCAGAAAAUGCUGCACUUUCAAGGUCAUUGCAGGAGCGUUCUAACAUGCUGAUCAACAUAAGUGAAGAAAAGUCACAAGCUGAGGCUGAAAUUGAGCAUUUGAAGGGCACUAUUGAGUCAUGUGAAAGGGAAAUAAAUUCCCAUAAAUAUGAACUCCAUGUAAUUUCCAAAGAGCUGGAGAUUCGUAAUGAAGAAAAGAAUAUGAGCGUGAGAUCUGCUGAAGCAGCUAACAAGCAGCAUAUGGAUGGUGCCAAAAAAAUAGCUAAGCUGGAAGCAGAGUGCCAAAGAUUGCGUGGUCUUGUGCGGAAGAAGUUGCCAGGUCCUGCUGCAGUUGCCCAGAUGAAGCUAGAGGUUGAGAGUAUGGGGCGAGAUUAUGGAGACUCUCGACUGAGGAGGUCUCCCAUUAAGCCUCAAAGUCCUCAUUUGUCCUCAGUGACUGAAUUUUCACUUGACAAUGUACAGAAAUUCCAUAAAGAGAAUGAGUUUCUCACAGAGCGUUUAUUUGCAAUGGAGGAGGAAACAAAGAUGCUGAAAGAAGCAUUGGCAAAGCGUAACAGUGAACUGCAGGCUUCUAGGAAUCUUUGUGCUAAAACAGCAAGCAAGCUUCAAUGUUUAGAAGCUCAAUUUCAAAUCAGCCAUCAGCAGAAAAGUUCCCCAAAAUCUAUCAUUCAGAUUCCUGCUGAAGGUUACUCUAGUCAAAACAUUAGCAAUCCACCUAGCUUAACCUCUGUGUCUGAAGAUGGAAAUGACGAUACCCAAAGUUGUGCUGACUCCUGGGCAAUGACAUCGAUCUCUGAAGUUUCCCAUUUCAGGAAGGACAAUCACAGUGAGAAGUCGAACAUGGCUGAAAAUGCAAAGAACCUUGAGCUUAUGGAUGACUUCUUGGAGAUGGAGAAGUUGGCUUGUUUAAAUGUAGAUCGUGCCGCUACCAUUUCAAAUUCUCCUAAUGAGAAGACUUCUGAAAUUGCCAAUAGUGAUGCUUCGGGUGAUGUCUCUUUGCAAAAAGCAGAUGCACUGUCUGAAGAGAAGCGCGAUUUGGAUCGACUGGUGACUCCUGUCUCUUGCAAUAAGGGUUCUUCAGCCAUAGAUUCAGGAUCUGAUGCAGACCUGACGUCAUUCGUGAAACUGCAGUCGAGAAUCACUGUAUUACUUGAUUCUGUGUCUAAGGAGGCUGAUGUGGGAAAAAUUUUAGAGGAUAUUAAGCAGGUUGUGCAGGAUGCAGAAACUACUCCAAGUUGUGUUUCCAAAGAAGCACACAGUUCAGAUGCAACAUGUGACAGGCAGACUUGUCCUGAAGAUGCUGGCAUAAUGGGAGAGAAGGAAAUUGCACUGUCCCAAGAGAGUAAGGCAGCCACACGCAUUAUGCACACAGUAAGCCAGGAGUUGCUGUCUGCCAUUUCUCAGAUUCACGACUUUGUACUAUUGCUGGGAAAGGAAGCAAUGGCAGUUCAUGACACUUCUUGCGAUAGCAUUGGUCUGAGCCAAAAAAUUGAGGAGCUCAGAUUCAAUGUCCUGGGAUAUAAAGGCAAUGAGGCAGAAAUCAAUAGUCCUGAUUGCAUAGAUAAGGUCGCUUUACCAGAGAACAAGGUUGUUCAAAAGGAUUCAUCAGGAGAAACAUAUCAGAAUGUUUGUGCCAACGUUUCUAGUCCUACCUCCAAUCCUGAGGUGCCUGAUGAUGGAAAUUUGGUACCAGGCUAUGGAUCAAAUACCACAUCAUGCAAGGUCUCAUUGGAAGAGUUUGAAGAAUUGAAAUCAGAGAAGGACACCAUGGCCAUGGAUCUAGCUAGAUGUGCUGAAAAUUUUGAAAUGACAGAGUCUCAAUUACAUGAAACCGAGCAGCUUCUAGCUGAAGUUAAAUCACAAUUGGCUUCUGCACAAAAGUCUAACAGCUUGGCUGAGACACAGCUUAAAUGUAUGGCAGAGUCUUAUAGGUCGCUCGAAACACGUGCACAGGAGUUGGAAACUGAGGUAAACCUUCUGCGGGUGAAAACAGAAAAUUUGGAAAUUGAGCUUCAAGAAGAAAAGAAGAGUCAUCAGGGUGCUUUGACCAGAUGCAAGGAACUAGAAGAGCAACUGCAAACGAAUGAGAGCUCUACAGCCGCUGAGAUUGACAUCAAGAGCAAACAGGAGCAAGAAAUAGCAGCUGCUGCAGAAAAGCUAGCAGAGUGCCAAGAGACGAUAUUUCUUCUUGGCAAACAGUUAAAUUAUUUGCGUCCCCAAACAGAGACCAUGGGAUCUCCUUACAGUGAGAGGAGUCAAAAUGGAGAUGGAAUUGCUGAAGACGAACCUACUAUAAGUGGCAAGAAUUCGCAGGACUUUGAUCAAGCUGAGAUGGACACAGGUGCUUCAGCUCAUACGCACAAAGCAGUUGCUGAAUCUCCCAUGGAUUCGUACAACCAUCCUUGUAGUCCAUCUGAUACAGAAUCAAGCCUCUUGAGAUCACCAGUUGGUUCUAAGAUUCCAAAACACAGGCCUACAAAAUCAGCUGCCUCUUCUUCCUUUUCUGCCCCAACGCCAGAGAAACAUUCUCGAGGAUUUAGCAGGUUCUUUUCUGCAAAAGGGAAGAAUGGUUAUUAG